AUGUCAGCCCCAUCCAAGGACCGCAUCAUCCUGGGUCUGAUGACCUUUGGACGAGAACAAAAAUGGGGAGCUCGCAUCACAGAUCUGGACACCUUCAACAAGGCUCUCGACGUCUUCAAGAGCCGCGGCUAUAGCGAGCUGGACACGGCGCGUGCUUACAUUGGCGGGCAGCAGGAGGCCUUUUCCCGCGAGGCGGGAUGGAAGGAGAAGGGCUUCACUCUGGCCACAAAGGUCAUGUACCCAUUGGAACCUGGCGCUCACUCUGCAGACAAGAUCGUCGAGUGGGUUGAGACGAGUCUGAAGGAGCUGGGUACCGAUCGCAUCGAUAUUAUCUACCUUCACGCACCGGACCGCGCCACCCCAUUCUCCGAAACGCUCUCUGCGCUGGACAAGCUGCACAAGCAAGGAAAGUUUUCCAAGCUGGGCCUGAGCAACUUUGCAGCGUUCGAGGUGGCCGAGGUGGUCAUGACGUGCCAGCACAACGGCUGGGUGCGGCCGACGGUGUACCAGGGCGUGUACAACGCCAUCACGCGCACCAUCGAGCCCGAGCUGCUGCCCGCGCUGCGGCGCUACGGGAUGGACGUGGUCGUCUACAACCCGCUGGCCGGCGGCCUCUUCUCGGGCAAGAUCAAGUCCAAGGACAUGGCGCCGAGCGAGGGCCACUUCUCAAAGGAGAGCGUCACGGGCGCCCACUACCGGGCGCUUUACUUCCGCGGCAGCACGUUCGAGGCCCUGCGCACCGUCGAGGCGGCCGUUGAAAAGGCCGGGCUCAGCACGAUCGAGACGGCGCUGCGGUGGCUGGUCCACCACUCCGGGCUCCGGGUCAAGGACGGAAACGACGGCAUAAUAAUCGGCGUGUCGACCGUCGAGCAGCUGCAGGACAACCUCGACCACCUCGAAAAGGGACCUCUUCCAAAGGAGGUGGUGGACGCGCUCGACCAGGCGUGGGAGAUCUCCAAGGUCGACACGGCCAAUUAUUGGCACCAUGCCUUGGAGUACGGAUACGACACACGUGAGGCCCUGUUUGGUGCAGGGGCCAAAUGA